AAAAAAACAUCAGAGCCAUACUGGAGAUUCCAGCAGCUGCGACGAACAGUCAGUCAACUAUCUCAGUUGUUUACUCCAUUUUCUCUUUUGAGCAAGUCGUUUUGAGCACCGUGUAGAGUUAUUUUUUUGCCCCCAACAGAAUUUGUCAACUUUUGUACAAAAAUAGACAAAGCCAAAAGAAAAUGGCUCAGAACAGCAGUUCUCACGUAGCAAGCUCACAGAAAGCGUUAAUGCUUGAAAUGAAAAGCCUGCAAGAGGAGCCAGUGGAGGGCUUUAAAAUCACCCUGGUGGACGAGGCAGACCUCUAUAACUGGGAAGUGGCCAUUUUCGGACCACCAAAUACACUCUAUGAAGGGGGUUACUUUAAGGCACGUAUCAAGUUUCCCAUCGACUACCCCUACUCCCCUCCAGCCUUCAGAUUCCUCACAAAAAUGUGGCACCCUAACAUUUACGAGAACGGGGACGUGUGUAUCUCUAUCCUCCACCCUCCAGUAGAUGACCCGCAGAGCGGAGAGCUGCCCUCGGAGAGGUGGAACCCAACACAGAACGUCAGAACCAUCCUGCUGAGCGUCAUAUCCUUGUUGAACGAGCCCAACACUUUCUCUCCUGCUAAUGUGGACGCCUCUGUGAUGUACCGCAAGUGGAGAGACAGCAAAGGAAAGGACAGAGAGUAUGCAGAGAUCAUUCGAAAGCAGGUUCUGGCCACUAAAGCAGAAGCAGAGCGCGACGGUGUUAAAGUUCCCACUACGCUGGCUGAGUACUGUGUGCGCACGCGCGCCCCCCCUACAGACGAGGGCUCUGACUUGUUUUACGAUGAUUACUAUGAUGACGAGGACUUGGAGGACAAUAAUGAUGAGGACUGUUGCUACGAUGAAGAUGACUCAGGAAACGAGGAAUCGUGACCCCGCCAUCACAAUCAUUAUCCUCUUCAUCACCAUCAUCUUUAUCCCGAAACGUUGAAAAGCUGUCGCAUGCACCUUGUAUUUCUUUUCUUUUGAAAAUGCUAUAAAAGAUGCUAUAGGUUCUUUUUUUUCUAGUUGGAAAAUGAAAGCAUUCUGUUUUCUCUCCGGUUUUUGUUGAAUUGAGUUUUCCUUUUGUUCCCUUUUUUCAUUUAUCUUAACCUUCCCCCAUUUUCUUGCGCUAUGAAAUUCAAACAUUUCCGCUAAAUAAUAGAACAACUAUGAAUGGGUGAAAAGGAGGGUGUUUUUUUUUUUUUUUUUGCUGUACUGUGCAUGUUGGCAUUGUGGUGUUUUUAUUACACAGUGCUGCUCCCUUCAUCCACCGUUUUUCUUUUUUUCCCCUGAAAGUUCUCUAAUCAAGGAUAAUCUACAAGUCCAACCAGUUCAGCAAUAAAAUGCAUUUUGCAUACUUACAUGCUCCAGAGGCAAGAUUUAGAAACUGAAUACAGCAGAGUUGUCUUUUAUCCUGACGUUUGUGUUACACGUGUGUUUUUCCUGCUCUAACACAACUGAUUUUAUGCGCCGAUGUGCUUGAGCAGGAAAAACACUGAACUGUGUAUUGCUGUGGAUUGAUCUACAUCCGGUUUGAAUGCUUGUAGAAAGAUUUGUUAUCGAUGUUAAGGGACUGAUUAAUCUUUUGUUUUGAGGGAGAAACACUUGAUGUGUGCCCUGCAGAGGCCUAAACCCCUACUACCACUAUGUGAGAUUCCGUGCAUUAUUUUAUGAUGGUGGUGUUUUAACCUCAAAUUGUAAUCCCAUAUUUCCUUAUGUCCUGUGAUAGUGUGCAUCCGAUAAACAAGGAUGCGAAUCAUGACGUUAAAAUGGUAGGAGGGUCUUUUUUUUUUUUUUUUUUUUUUUUUUUUUUUUCUGUUGAGCUGAAAUAUUUGUUUUUGUGAUGCCAAUAUUGUAUCGCUCCCUCACGAAUUACAUUUAAUCUACAACUAGGUUUUUAUUAAUAGAGAAUGUAUUUUUUUCAUGACAGCAAUGUAAAUUCCUUCAUUUGGGGCUAUUGGGGUGAUUUCUCCUGGAUUUAUGAAUGGUCAUGUGUUUAAUUUUGAAUUUCUCAUUCAGUAAAAUGAUAGCCCUGUCAGCAUUAAUUUAAUUUCACGCCUUUGAGCAUUUGUGGACUGGAGAGGGCUUUUAACUACAUCAUUGCAUUGACCAGCUGAAUUACUUCAAUGUGAGCUCAUUUUAAUUGACUCUCAGGAUAAAGCAAACAGGAAAAAAAAAAAUCCCACAGUACCACCAACCUUCUUGUGAACAGCAAUUUAACCAGUCUAUCAAUUCUGUUUUUGAAGGCGGUUUACAAUCUUAAACCUUGAUGCUGAUGUGCACAUGUGAGUAUGUGGCUGAUCAUUUUACUGACCUGUAUGUAUUUUUAUGGUUUGUUGGCCUAUUUAAAACUGAAAAAUAAAAAUCUUUAUUAGAAUAA